CACACAUGCAGAGCCUAUCUGGAUUUCACCCACUGCACUCAAGAACCAUGAUAAACACAAGGAGUCCUGGUGUUUUCUUAAGCUUGCUGAUAGCUCUUUUUUUAGCUGAAGUGGGCCAGUCGAGGCAUGAAAAAAGAACAAAUGCUGCUGCUUUCCUUCCUUCCUCCGACAGUUUGAAUGGGAUCUGUCUGAAUGGUGGGCAGUCUGUCCCUUCAUUGGUCACUGGUGAGCACUUGUUUUGUAAGUGCCCUGAUGGUUUUUCUGGGAGGUAUUGUGAAACAGUUAUAGCAAAAGAUGAGAGCUGCUAUGAAGGGAUCGGGUUAUACUACAAAGGGACUGUUUCAAAAUCAGUCAGCGGAAAAACAUGCAAGUUCUGGUACUCACACACCAGGAAUCGUUAUCUGUCCUCAGAUCUUCACUCUGGAAGACACAACUACUGCAGAAAUAUUCGGUACAGACUACGCCCAUGGUGUUACGUUAAAAAAAACCACCGGCUGUUCUGGGAAUAUUGUGAUAUCCCACAAUGUGACACUGAAUCCUUCACACCUGCACCUUCAACUUCACCCACCAUGCCACAACCAUCUGCAGAGCUGACAUGUGGCCAGCGGACUAAACAAAAGCAGACAAAGAUUGUGGGUGGAAAAGUUUCUACUGUGGAAUCUCACCCAUGGAUCGCUGCUAUAUUCUGGCGUAACAAAUUGGACCAGAAUGUUUUCCGCUGUGGGGGCAGUCUGAUAUCUGCCUGUUGGGUCAUCACAGCUGCCCACUGCUUCCCUGAAGGCUCUCAAAUGAGGCAUCAACGCUUUUCUGUCACGCUGGGAAAAAAUGCUAUCAACGAGAGUGACUCAACAGUGGAGCAAACCUUCAGUGUGGAGCAAAUCUUCGUCCAUGAACAAUUCAACCACAGUGAACAAAACUAUAACAAUGACAUUGCUUUGCUGAAGUUGGUGGCCAUACAUGGAAAGUGUGCUGAAGAGACUGACUCAGUAAAGACUGUCUGCCUCCCACCGCCUCUGCAGAACCUCCCAACAGGAAUCACCUGCGAGAUUGCUGGAUAUGGGAAGGAAAAAUAUGGGUUAUGGUAUAAUUCUCAGUACCUCAGGGAGGCUCAGGUGAACCUCCUAGCUGAUAAUGUGUGUCGACAGGAGGAUUAUUAUGGAAAUAUGGUCAACAACAACAUGUUUUGUGCUGCAGGUCCCGACUGGGGCCAGGACUCAUGUGAGGGUGACUCAGGAGGACCACUGGUCUGCGAAGUCAGCAACACGCUUUUCCUCUUUGGAAUUAUUAGCUGGGGAGACGGAUGUGCAAAGGAAAACAAACCUGGUGUUUACACCAGGGUUACCAAUUAUAACAAAUGGAUAGAAGGAAAGACAAAUCUGUCUACCAUCACUGCUGGAACCAUGUUCCCUCAGAAAUGAUUUAAAGUUCAGGCCACAAGUUGUUUGGAGAAUAACAAGGAAGUUGUUAUUGAUAGGCAAAAAUGACAACUGUUUGGUAUUUCUGAGCUGUAAAACAACUAAAGCUGAACUACUUUGUAAGCUUGAGUGAAAGAUAUAGCAAAUACCUUUACAUUUCUGUUCAUAUUAAUCAGUUUUUAUUAUUCCCUCUAAUCAACACUUGUAUGACUCAGUUCACCGAGUGUUGAGUUCUGAUUUUCUCUGUUUUUUUUUAUAUAGUUCAUAUAAAACAGAAACAAAGCAAGAGCAAACUAGCUCCAGAUAUAUGAAAAGCUACAAACAAACCUGUGAUAAAACGUGUUGGUGUUAACUUCUAAACCAAGUUGUGUAUUUUUUCUUAUUUGUGCAUGUAAUUUUGCUUCAUGGCAUGAUCUUUUUUAAGCAAAUACAGGUUUUACACUGAUAAUUUGCCAUUGUUUAUGUCUGUAAAUGAACCAGUGUACUGAUUCAUUUGAAUUGAAAUUAAUUGAAGUUCAAUUGAAAUUAAUUGAGUUACUGCUUUUGUCUUCUUAAAAACAGAACGAAAGCAAAACAGUGUUUGUUAUUGUGAUGAUUCGUUACACAACUUUGCCACCCUGUGGUCAAAACAAAGCAUAGCAAGUCAUCAAAGAGUGACAGUGGCUUCACAUUAAAACAGUCGUUAGGGUAGAGGGACAGCUGAAUGAUGAGAGGCAAGAGAGGGGAACUUAAAAACUGAAUCUAGUACAAAAAAACAUUUUUAAAUUAAACAAAAGAAGACCCCAUUGGAUUAAUGAUUCCUUUUUUCUGAGCCUUUUAUUAAUGUGUUAUUUCCAAUUUGUACAAUGCUUAGUUCAAAACACUAAUAACUAAAUAAAUAAAAUCUGCUAAUGCAGGGGUAGACUAUUCAACAAAAUAUGAGAAAAAAAGAAAAAUACAUCAAAUCAUUCUUCAGAUUUUUCUACAACUAGAUGAUAUCCAUCUAUGAUAAAUUUAUCACCUUAGACAUCCUCAAACCUAAAUAAACAAACUUCUCUGGUUUUCUUUCUCACUCACAAUGAACUGUGUCAUCUGUGCGAUAAAGUCCAGAUCCCUGGGCAAAGAGGUUACAUAUAGCUGACAGCAGUUAAAUAAACAGAGAUUUUUCAAGGACAUCUCCUGCAGAAUGCUCAGGAAAUCAAAUUAAUUCGAUUGAUAGAAAGCUUUCUGUCUCAGAAAGCCAACACAUUGUGCAGGGUUAAUGUGUAUUUAUUUAUUUUUUCUUUGACUUUACAGGUGAUUUUUAGGUAUUGCUAAUAAUGUCUUCCAAUAGCAUAUAUUUACUUUGUCAUAUUCUUAAAUUUUCUGUCAUUUUAAAAAAUGUAGAACUCAAAAACACAAUAGGCUGUUGGAUGACAGCCCUAGCACCUCAACCACCGGACACAGCAAGUUAUCUGGAGUAAACUGUGUUGUGUGAUUCGUCAGCUUAAUGCAUUCUAGUGCAAGAGGAUGGUAACAGUCAAAGGUCACAACUCCCUUUGAACAGAACCAGAACCAGGAUCAGCAUGAGCAUCCAUCAUAACAUGGAAAAUAUGGAGAAGCAGUGGGAUGAAACUUUGCUCCUUCUUUGAAUUGACAAGAAGAUAAAUAGCGCCACAAGAUGGUGCUAAAGUUGUGACAAAAUACAUACAAAAUGCCAGGAUGUAAUAAAAGUUUGAGCAGAAGCCCACAAUAGGAAACAACUUGAAUCCAGUUGUUGGACAAAAAAUAUAUACUAAUAUUGCACUAAUAUAGUUUUGUGUCAAAUUAAAAACUUCAUGGCAAAUAUUUAAGCUACAUCAGAAGUAUAAUUUUGUCAGAAUUGUAUUUUAUGUCUGUUAUAUGCAAAUUAUUCACAAGUUUGGUUGCUACACUUUAUGUCUGUCACCAGGUUUAGCUGUUGACACUUGUGUGUGCAGAAUACAUUUCACAUAAAGAUAUUUAAUGUGUUCACACACUGUCAUAUAUUUGGGUUUCAUUUCCAUCAGACUGAGGUUUUAUCGUUUGUUUUUAAAGUUCUGUGUGUCUGUAGCUGUGAAUAUCUACUUGUAGUUUAUUUAUCCCUAUAUUUUUAUGUCUU